UACAAAAUAUUUAUCGAAAAUUAUUGAUCAUUGUUUUAAUUAAAAUAUACUGUGAAGAGUGAAGAUUUUGUGCAAAUAACCAUUUUUUCGGUGUCACGUGAAGAUAUAAAGAUGUAUUCGUUGCCAUCCGGCUGUGAUGCGUCCCCUCGCGCGGCUCCUGUCUCCCUCGUGUAGUGCACGCGGCAUGGACAAGUACGAGCAACUUUCUGUUGUAGGUGAAGGAUCGUAUGGCGUGGUGCUUAAGUGCCGACGGCGCGACAACGGCCAGCUAGUCGCCAUUAAGAAAUUCCUGGAGACGGAGGACGACGCCGCCGUCCGCAAGAUGGCGCUUAGAGAGAUUCGCAUGCUCAAGAAGUUGCGUCACGACCACCUGGUAAACAUGAUCGAGGUGUUCCGACGCAAGCGCCGCUUCUACCUUGUCUUUGAAUACCUGGACCAUACUCUACUGGACGAGUUGGAGGCAGCGCACGGCGGUCUGGGCGACCACACCACGCGUCGCCAUUUGUACCAGCUGCUUAAAGGCAUCGAGUAUUGCCAUCAGAAUUCGAUAAUCCACCGCGACGUGAAGCCGGAGAACGUGCUGGUGUCGCAGACGGGCGUGGUGAAGCUGUGCGACCUGGGGUUUGCGCGCGCGCUCGCUGCUCCCGGCGAGCCUUACACUGAGUACGUGGCCACGCGCUGGUAUCGCGCUCCGGAGCUGCUCGUCGCUGAGCACAGGUAUGGUCCAGAGGUGGACAUCUGGGCGAUCGGUUGUCUAUUCGCGGAGAUGCUGUCGGGCGACCCGCUGUUCCCGGGGGACUCCGAUAUAGACCAGCUCGCACUCAUCAUCAGAACUGUUGGUAAGUUAGCGCCGAGACACCAGCAGGUGGUAUCCCGUCUGUCGGGGGGUGCGGCGCUGGGCGGGCAAAGUGGGACAUGCGUCGCGGGGGCAGCGCGCGGCUCUUUGCCCGGUGCGGGCGCGGCGCGUGAUCUGCUCGCUGCUUGUCUACGCACAGAACCCAGAGCGCGGCCCACCGCAACAGUACUACUUAGACACAAAUAUUUCACUGCGGAUGGUUUCGCAGAGAGCUUCAACGCUGAGCUGAGGGCUAUGUUAGGCAAAGAGAUACGGACCCCUCCAGCGCAGCAGAGCACAGCGCGCAGUGGAAAGCCGCGGCAACAGUGGACCCUCAGUAUUAUGCAACCGGAAAACAACAUUUCGAGAACAAAUAGUACACACGAGGAAUCCCUCAUAGAUUAUAACUACAAUCCUAGUUCGGAGACGCCGGCUGAGGGCGUUCCUGUUGCAAAGAAAUCGUCUAGCGUCUUAUCAACAACAAUGUCACCUCAGUUGACCGAAGCUGAUGAGGCAAGUGUGUCUCUACCGGCACCGCGGCCCCCCAUCAACCGCUCCCUCGCCCGCCUUGUCAACGAAACCUUCCAGACAUUUCCAGUUCCCGUCAGCACUUACCCAAGAACGCCUUAUAUAAAGAAGGUGAACAGCAAGCUGGUGAUGGACAAGGAUAUGUUGGGGGAAUGUCUCAAAAAGUCCACUAAGUCUCAUCCACCUAACUUCUCCCUACCAUAUGUGCCGGGAGCCAGCAACAGUCCCAUGAAGAAGGUAAAAAAGCCUCUGAUGCACCACUCCGUCAGAUCUUACGACACCUGGGACACUAUGCGGGGUGGAACAGAGUCGACGUUCGAGUCUCGCACGCCGACCAACUUACCAUACAUGUGA